AUGGUGCUGGUCGUCGUCGUGGGAAUGGGAGUGGUGGUGAUCGACGAAAUCCUAGUCCGCCUCGACCUCCGGGACGCCGUGCGCACCUCCGCGCUCUCCCACGCCUGGCGGGACCUCUGGAAGUCGCUCUCGGUGCUCUCUCUCUCCUUCCCCCUCGGCACGCACCCCUCGGUCGUCGACAGCGUCCUCCUCCGCUACAUCGGCCCCCGCGUCUCCCUCUUCGACAUCUACGUCGACGACGCGUCUGCCGGCCGCGUCGACGACUGGCUCCUCGCGCUCUCCUGCUGCCGCGUCGAGUCCAUCCACAUGCGUUGCCGACUCAGAUCAGUCUACUACUUCAACCUCCACUCCUCCAUCUUCUCCUUCGCUGAUCUCGCAUCCCUGCGGCUGCAACGCUGCAACAUUCCAUCCCUCCCCAUAGGAUUCGCCGGCUUCCCCGCGCUCCAGGAGCUAGACCUUAAGUUUGUUCACUUCCUAGCCCAUGGGGAGAAUCAAUUGGAGGCUAUCAUUCGUCGGUCACCCUUGCUUCAUGCCCUAUAUAUGUCUAAUGUGUUCAUCCCUCUUGGCUGCCCACACUCAGUGAUUGAGGCGCCUAAUCUCCGUAGCCUAACAAUCUAUUCACAUGAUGACUAUGACUGGCGAAUUGGAGAGCUGCCAUGCCUCGAAGAUGCCAACAUUCAAGUGGACAUUCUACCCACAGUUGACGAUGUUGAGAUGCCAUAUACACUUCCAUUUACCUUUUAUAACUUGAAGAACUUGAAACUAUAUCUGGACUUUACUCAAAUGCAACACAUUUUGUUCAUGUUCACCUUGCUAAGGAGUUGUCACAACCUUGAAAAGUUAGAAAUAGAGCUUAUUCUCUCUAAAGCAAGGCUUCUUCGCACAUUGUAUGUUGAUAAGUGCCCAGAUCAUUUUGAUGAUCCACUAGUUGACUUACUAAAAUGCAGAAGAGCUUCAGCUCAAGCUCGAGUCCUGUUUGAAGGUUUGGUGCAACAGUAUUAG